UGACAGGUGUCUGAUCUCUGGUCAAUUCAAGUUGUCCACCAUUUGUUGCUGAAAGAAAUUACAACCAAUAAAACGGUUUUGCGCAGGUUGUAAACAAAGUUGUAUAUUUUUGAAAGAUUUUAUGAAUGUAUACAUUCAUGAAUACAUCACGGCGUUCUAAAGCAAGUCUUGUAUUUCAUACCGUUUGGCGAAAGCGUCGGUAGCAGAAAUGCCAUGAAAUUAACCUCGAUGUUAAUCAACAAUUAUUUUAGCAACAAUGUCUGCUAUGUGUACAAUAUCUAAUGCACAUAUAAAAAAACUCGAUCAUGCUCUCGAUGAAAUACGUCUGAGAGCAUUAGAAAAUAUUAUUUCUAAACUAAAUCUCGGUUUUGAAUGUGACUGCAAUGCUGUCAAAAAAGAAUUGCUUAUCAAACUUUUCAAAUGGUUUACAAUCGAGCCUAUUAUUGAAGAAGAAAAAGUGUUGAAUUUGUUAAUAAAGCUUUUGAAGUCUGACAGUGGAAGUUAUUUAAAUUCAUUUGGAAAAAUACGAUUACAAAAUGAGUUACGAGAUUUGAGAGCAAGAUUAGAUUCAAAAUGGCACGAUAAAUUGAAUGUAAUGGAAGAAAUAGUUUCAAAACCCGAUAAAUUCAUACAACAUUUUGAGGAUGUUCCACCUCUUGUAUAUGAACCUUCAGAAAGCAAUUAUAAUCAACAGUAUCAAAACUAUCCAUCUAAAUCGAGUAGUUUCAAUGCUAUGUCUCCAUUAGACUGUUCUGCACCAUUUGAAUUGACUGUAAAUUGCGUAGAUGGUGCUGUAAUACCAAGGCGAUCAGAGAGCAGCGUCAAAUGGCUUUGUAUGCCAUGGCAGGUGUUAGCUAAAUCUGAUAAAAAUGUUCUUACCUCAUUAAAAAAUUCUUUUAAUGACUCACCUGAUAUUGCAACAAAAAUUGAGAGUUGUCGAUUCAUUACAAACAUUUUACUACAAGACUUUCCAGCUGAAGUUUUUCUUCAAAGACCUACUACAGUUAAUAUCUUGUUAGACCUAUUACAAUCAUACAAAGAUGAACCUAGUCAAGAAGGAAGGAUAAAUGAAUCAAGCGAAAAUCUAAUUAUUGAAAUACUAAAAAUUCUGUACAAACUUACUCGAUCUCUAAGGUUUCGAAUAUACUAUUACUGUGAUCCAAGCAUUGCACACAAAGCACAAAAGAUAUUAAGUAGAAAUUUACAAAAUCAAAAUUUUGGUUUACCUGAAAGGGACAGUCCAGAUGGAGAACCUCCUGAUCAAAAUUAUCACGGAUUCCAAACAACAAGGCCUGGAAAUAGAAGCCCGAGUGUAAUAGAUGAUGUCGAUGAUUCAGUAUUACAGUUGCAACAGAAGUUUAUACCUCAUUAUUGUACGGAAACUCUGAUACAUGUACUCAAAUUGUUAAGCAUUCCAAAUAAUCCCACUCGUCCACUAAAGAUAGUUCGACUUAUUGCUGAUUUGGCGUAUGAACUUGUUCAAUUAUUAAUCACUAGUGUGAUGCCUACUGUAUGGUUUUGUAAUGACAACGUUGCUUUGAAAAUUCAUGAUAACGUCAAAACAUUGUUUGAAAUGUUAGGUGAAAUUUUAGAUUAUUUUGAACAAUUUAAUAGUGUGGACUAUUACAGAACAACAUAUAUAUUCUUUUUAUGGAUAUCAGUAAAACUGAUAAGCAAUAUUAUGCCAUUAGAAUUAGCUGAUCAAGUGAUACCAAAAAACAUGAAACUCUGUAUAUGCAAUGCUAUUAUGGAUGCACCUAUUUAUUUAAUGUAUUCAUCAUUACACGUUACAUUACAAGAAUAUGCUAGGAGAUUCCAUGGUACUCAGGAGUGUGCAGCUGUUAAAUUAUUGGAUGAAACUCGUUUAGUUACUAAGUCAAUGAAAGCUGCUAUUUCUUUAAUUAAAUUUCCCAGAGAUUUACCGUAUUCAGAGGAACUAAGAAUCAUGUAUUUGUCUAAGCUCAGUUUGCUUUAUCAUAAAAAUUUCAAAAUGAUCAGAAAAUUUGUUAGCUUAGCACAAAAUAGAGCUGGUUACAACCUGAGUACGGAAGAUAAAGAAACAACAACAAAAAUGAUGUUAUCCCUCCUUGCACAUAACGAUGAUGAUGUACAAGAGGCAACAUAUACUGAGUGUCAAAAUUUAGUUGCUGGAGUCCUAGGGAUUGAAAAUAAUGGUAGAUACAGUUGGAAGAAUUUAUUAUUUUUAAUGGAACCCAGUGUACUCACUGAAAUAAUUUGCCAUGGAACUACAAACGAAAAUAAAAAGAUAAAAAGUAUGGCAGACGAUAUUUUGCUGCAUUUAUUGAAAGGAAAGUUUCAAAUGGGUGAAUCUGGUUGGAUAACAUUUUUAGAAGCACUUAUUCCGGUAUUGCCUCUCUUACAAUGUCUUGCUCAUCCAUCAUCUAAUUUAGGCAAAUCUAUCACAAAAAUAUUGGAUCCUGACGUUUCGUCUAGUAUUAAACUUCCAUUCAUAGAGGUUUUAAAAGGAAAUAUUAGACUUUUGUUCUCUCCGAUCCCUGAUAUUAGAGAUGAAGCAUUAUGCCGUCUAUUCUGGUUACUUGGACAAGAGAAAAAUGCAUCUCAAAAAUUACCUCGCUUAACUUCGCUACAUGGUCUUCCAUUUGGCUCACUUUGUGUAUUUGAUAAACAGACAUCUGCUAAACGAUCGGAAGGAACUUAUCAAAGAAGUGCUCUUAUUUCAGUACUUGAAAUGUUACGCUCCAAUAAUAUCGAGCCAAAAAUGCGAAAAUCAGCAUUAGUUCAAGUUAGUGUAAUGUUGAGUGAUUCAUCAUUGCAUAAACUAUUCAUUUCUGAAAAUGGUUUGCCACUAAUACUGGAUAUUUUUUCAAAAGCAUUGAUAGAAAAAGAUUUUGUUAACUAUCCAGAUUCAGUAAUAUCUAUUGUAACGAUUUUGAAACUUCUUGCUUCUUCAGAAGCAUCGAUAAGAAUGGAAUUAUCAAACCGUAUCGACUUGUACUACAACGUAUUAAGAAGCUUAUUUCUUUAUCCCAAUAAUGAAAGCGUUAAAAUGGAUUCAGCACAACUUCUGGCAUUGCUGCUUUAUAAUACCUAUAUUAUGAGACUUACAGAAAGAAGUCAUAAUAACCCUUUUAAUAUUUCUCUGCCAUAUUUAAUAACGAUAACCAUGAAGCUGCCUUUUACAUGUAAAGCACAUUGGAAAGCUAGUGUUCAUAGACGUUCCGAUAUUUCAAUCUUACACAGGAGUAAUCCUGUAGCUUUAAUGUUUAUUAGACAGUUUUGGGCAUGGGAAUGGAAUGGCCAUGAGGAAAUGUUAUGGAAAAAAUGGGAAAAUAUCAAUGAUCCAAUGAUCACUGAAACUUUAAUGAUCAGAGAAACUGAAUUAGCAUGUAUGACUAAUACCUCCCUCUUCUAUUGUAUACAACAGCAGUUAUACAAUAUUCAAAAUUCAAUCAUGCAUAAUGGUGUAAUGCGUGCAAUAGACUAUCUCACAAUGUACUUCAAACUUUGUAAUUUACUGAAUUAUGUGCAUUUUGAAAAUGUAGCACGCCUUCCAUGGUCUCACACGUUCGAGCGUUUUUUACAAUGUCAACCGACGUGCAAAGAAGAUCAAGAAUUAUUAGUUAAUCUUCUGAAUUUUCUUCAUUUGUAUAUAAAAUUCACCCUCCAUGAAGAUACUCUAUGGCUUUGCAAAACUGUAAAAAGUAUGAUGAAGUCGUUAUCAGACUGGUUACAAAGUGGCACAGAUGGUAGUGAGGAUAUUCAUCAAUCAAUGUUAAAACUAGUACGAGCUUGCUCCAUGAUUGACUGUAAAGAAAAUAACGAAUCGAAAAAUUCUUGGAUAUUUUUUAUCCAAUUCGCAGUUGCCAAUCUAGAUUAUGGGGAAUUCUAUAAUUUAGCAUUUCUGGAUUGGAUAUUAUCUACACUAAUAUAUGUGAUCGGAAAGUGCCAAUGGAAGAAUCAUAAAGACACUCUCGUGUCCGUUGGAAAAUCUUUGAAUCAACUUAUCUUAUCAUUUCGCCGGGAGGGAACGGUCACCUUUAUGGCUUCAACAAUCGUCAGGAACUGUAUUAUCUGCUUAAAUCACGUACUUUAUCAAAUGCAGAUUAAUUUGAAUAAAAAUAUACUGAUGAAAUUUUGGUACGACGAGGGCCAAGCACUAAGCUGGCUACCCGAACUGUGGAAGAGCCGCGAUCCUUUGGUGCGGGCCUCGGCAUUGCAAUUGCUGGCGAGCUUGAUUAAUGGACCUCACACGUCAUUACAACUCUUGAAUGCAAUCGACCUAUCCCCGGGUGCACUAUGCCACUGGCUACUCUAUUUUGUAACCACCCAAGAGGAGUCGUGUAUCGUUAAGGAGGCGGCCUGCCUUGCGAUGAGCAAUCUCAUCAGGAAUUCCAACUCGAUUGUCUUUCAAUACGUCGAUACCUUAAAACCCAGUGCAAUGUUGUCUUACAUAAAAGAAAGUAACGUUUACCAUGAAAUCGCUGUAAUGUGUUCUAAUUAUUACAUGUUGGCAACUUUAGACCCUGACAUGUCUGAAAGUACAGAAUCUGAGGGCACGCAAACGCAAUCAUUAGCGAGUAGCCGGACAGGCACUACUGUCUCUAUGGUACCGAAAACAAUAUACUAUCUUUACAACUGUAGUGAAGAUUUUCAAAAGUGUUCCGUAGGAAACUCGAUUAACACUGACGAUGAAGAUCAAAUGCAAUUUAUAGCCACUCCAAGUUUAAUAACGUCUUUAUGUUCCAUGCUUAAUAAUUUGAUAGCUAUUGGAGAACAUGAAGUGAUUCAUGAAAUUUUCGAACAUUCUCUACAUAAAUAUAUUAUAGGUUGUUUUGACGAUAUUCCAAAGACUAUCAACGGCGAAAGAAAUUUGGAGCACUACACAAACAUCUUGGAAAUGUAUACAAAUUUAUGCACUGUACUGACGAAUUGUGUUAUUCACAGCCCUGAUUUUGCGUCGAUUGUUAUUUUUUCGCCCGACUUUAUUCGUCACUUAUUUGAAUUGCUUAACGACGACUUAUACUUUACAAAUAAUCCUAGAUUGGCCUUCUUACAAAAUCAAUUAGGCACUGAAAUUUUCAAAUUUCUAUUAUCUCUUUCGCAAACCGAGAAUCAGCAUUUCGAUUCAAUACAGACAGCUUUAGAAUCCUGUGAUACGGAAUCCUUCGUAAAAACAAUGUGUAACAUCAUUAAAAGUUGUAAGUCAGAUUUCGGGAUGAGCGCUCUUGGUUUUCUUGCAUUUCUUUUGUCCCAAGAAAUGCAAAAGGAGUGUGAAGAGAACAAAGCCACGCUUAUAAAAGAGGUCUUGGACACGAAACAAUUGACUGCAUCGAAUGGUAACGACGAAUUACAAGCGGCCUCUAACGCAAGCAAAUCGCCCACAAAAAGUGCACGCGGAAUGAUGCCUAUUGAGCACCCAACCGAUUACAACAAAAAUGUUGCUACAGGCGACGAAGUGUUUGUGGGGGCGGACAUUUGCAAAGUACUUAUAAAUCUGUUUAUCGGCUUUCAAUAUACCAAAACCGCGAAGAAGUCAAAGCAAUCGAGCGAUAAAGAUGUGGUGACCGUUGCCCUUACGAAUCUGCUGUGCGUAUCGACGGAGGCAAAGAAAUUAGCGAUAAUGGAACAAUUUCCGGCCACUUGUCUUAUGGUUCUAAAGGAGAUUUAUGUCAAACUUAAUAGCGUGCCCAUUCAGACGUAUAAAUCUCAGACAGAUCGUGAGCAAAAGAUGCAUCCAUUGUUACACGAGAUUGAUUCAAUCUACAUACUGUUAAUGAACUUUAUGUACGACAGUACAGAGGCCAAAGAAGUUUUCGCCAAAGCCGGAUUAGCUGAUAUCAUUCACAAACUAUGGGCGCAUACAUCAAUGAAUAAAAAAAUUCUGAUAAACACUUUGAAACUGUUAUCAACGUUCACUUCGAAUUAUUUAGAAGCGGCUCAAUCAUUGUCUUUGACAACGGUGACGCCGGGUGUGGGUCUAAGAAAAACGCCGAAUUCCGUUUCGCUGAUUCACGUGAUCGUGCAGCUCGUCUCUAAAGAAAUCGAGAUGAACAAUUGCAAGUGCGAUUGUCAAAAAUUAAACUUCGCAUUUCACAUACUACGAAAUGCCAUACGUAAUCACGAAUGUCGUGUUGUUAUCUCGAAGACCAAUCUCUUGCAAUUUUUCACAAAGAUUCAUCCUUCUACGACAAAGCGCACAAAAAUAUGGCAGAUAGUGGAAAUAAACUGUCUGGAGUUUUUGAUAGAUUUUACGUUCUAUGACGAAGGCCAAUUGUCUGUCUCCAAGGCGGUUGAUGGUUUAGAAGUACUGAUCACCUUGGCUCGUCUAUCAACCGGUUCAUCAAAACUGUUAGCUAUAUCAAUUUUACGAAAUUUAGCCUUUAACGCAUCAAAUCGAUCAAGGCUUCUCGGUUCUGCUGAAUUUCUCGAAUUGCUACUGACGUCGUUAAAGGAAGGCUCGUGCACGGAAAUCGAGGUGGCGGGUUCGACUCUCUGGUCCCUGGUCAGCAACAAUCAAAAAGGCAAGUUGAUCGCCCGCAGUAGCGGCUUCGGCCACUGCAUUCAGACGGCUAUCAGCAGACUUCAGCUGCAGCAGGACGGCGUGCAAGAGCAAGACCUCGUCAAGAUGUUGGAAUAUGUCCUGCAAAUCAUUAGUCCCAGAUGAGUGAGCUAUCUAUUAUUUGCCUUUUUUUAUACGCGACGCAUGCUUUCGAUAUUCGUGAUCAGUUUUACAGAGGUAUGACGCUCGAGUACGAGCCUGUAAAGAGCUUCAUUUGUAGAUAUGAACGGUAUGACUUUCAUACUUAUGAGUUGAAGUCUACCAAAAGUUUGUAUUAUAGACUGAAUCGCAAAGUGCCUAUUUAUUGAACUCAUAUAAUUGAUCACAAAGUAUAUUUUAUAUGUGACCUAUUGGGGUAUAAUUUACCGUAUUAUCUGUAAAUGUGUAUUAUUGUUUUUCAUAUGUAUAAGAGUAAUAAAUAUUUUAUGAAAAAUGGA